CUAAAGAUUUUUUUGUUUUCGAAAAAAAAAUUUUUUUUUAAAUUGUAAUAAUUUUAUUGUCAGCAUUGUUAUUAUUAUUAUUUUGUAUAUGGUUGUUUGGCCUGCAUGUCCCCUCAACCCCCGUCCACACAGACACAGACAUAGAGACGACUCUUAGUCCUCCAAUCAGCAUAGAGCGACUCAGGACGGGAAUGGCCUCUCUAUCUCGGCAUCUGUAACCGGCGCGGGUUGAUAAUGCACUCCCGGCCUGGUUUGUUUUCGUUUUUUGGCGCGUUGGGCGGGGGCAUGAGCUGUCGCGGCUGCGUUUUCUGGUAGACGGUGGCCGCGCGCCCCGCUUUCCGGGAAUCUCAUCGGGGUCUUGGGGCCCCGGAGGUUGCGAUGGCGGCAGCCUUCGCGGUGGUGCUGGUGUUGAAAGCAGAAGCGGAGGAGGAAGAGAAGGACCCUGGGGACUGGCGGGAUCCCGAAACCUCCCAGAAACGCUUCCGGCGGCUGCGCUCCGGGGACGUGUCCGGCCCGGGGGAGGCGGUGAGCCGCCGGCGGGAGCUGUGCCGCCGCUGGCUGCGGCCCGAGCCGCUCUCCAAGGAGCAGAUGCUGGAGCAGCUGGUCCUCGACCUCCUCCCGCGCCGGCUGCGGGUCCCCGUGCACCACCGGCGCCCCGAAAGCGGGGAGGAGGCGGCGGGCCUGGGCGCGCGCCCUGCACCCGGCUUUUCCGCAGGGCACCCUGACUUUCAAGGCCGAGGCUGGAUCUCCAACCCGGGGAGAAUGGCAGCAGCUGGCCCUGUCCCUUCAGAACGGCUCGUGCUGAGAGAGCGAGGAGAACAACGGGAGCAUGGCCGUGCCAGGCCUGGAGACCCGAGCUGCCUGAAACCCCGACAUUAUCCCAAAGCAGGAGGAGGACUGCAAGGAGGAGGCCGAGCCUGCACAGGCCUGGUGCAAGACAGGCCCCUGGGUACAGACCCUGAAAGGAAAGAGAAAUCAACUAAAGAUGCUGUCCUGCCACCACCACAGCCCCAGGGUUCUCCAGGAGAGCACGGCCACCUCACACGUCCCUUGGGCGCCCAACAAGGAAGGACUUUGGAGAAGUGGAGAGCUGGGGCACACGGCCACCUUGCACACCCUCUGCGGGACCAAGGAGGAAGAGAUUUGGAGAAGUGGAGAGCCAGGGCACACGGCCACCUCACACAUCCUCUGCUGGGCCAACGUGGAAGGGCUUUGGAGAAGUGGAGAGCUAGGGUGCACAACCACCCUGCAGGGUGUUCUCGGCCUACAUCAAUGAGGUGGAUGAGAACCGGCCAACACCCCGUGGGGCAGCAAGAUGCCCUUCGGCCAGCUGAUGGCAGAGUUUGGCAGCAGCAAUGGCUGGGUAUAUGGCAGCAGCUUCUCGGCCAGCACGAGUCGGCUGGCCUGGGUCAGCCACGACAUCGGCCUCCAAGAGCGUGCAGCAACCUGGAAACCACCAUGAGUGUUAAUAUCCUGAUAGGAGCCACAGUUGACCUGGAGGCCAGCAUUGGUGGCUGAUAUCCUGAUAUCACAGGUCGAUGGAGUGCCAUAUGUCCCUUUUGCCAGAGACAAGGAAAAUGAUUUCUCUUGCUGUGUAAAAAAUGUAUCACAAAUUCUUGAUGAAUGUUGUUUUGUUUUUUUGGUGUGUCUGUUUUGUUUGUUUGUUUGUAACCCCAUUAAUCCUCCUAUACUCCAUCUUGAGAUGGACAAAGGAGGCCACUUUUGGACAUAUGUGCUCCCCACUGAGUAGUUUAAACCAUUAUAAAAAUCUGAUUAUUCUCUUCACAUCUAUUUAUGUCCACUUAAAAAGUAAUGGACUUCUUUAGUUAUGGUGUUGCAAUGCCAAUGCAUAGAUGUAUAUCAGUAUUUUUUACUGGAUUCCAAUGUUUCAGCCAUUUAAAGAAGAAGUAUUGAGUAGAAAAUCUUUAUUAAGUACUUUACAAUUUGCUAGAGUUUUGCUAUCUCAUUUAAUACUGUAAAAUUAUACAUAUUAAACUACACAGUUUACAGAAGGUACAUUUUACUAGCAACAAAAUUCAAUCAUUUAAAGAAAUAGGCAUUCCAAUUUUACAUGAUCUGUUCGUGAUUAUCAUGUGUCUAAGGUAUACUACAUAUUUAAUCAUGAGAUUUACUGAGUAUCUUCCACGUUGUUUCAGUUACAAUUCUAAAUGUCUUUAGCCUUUACUAUAUACUAAUAAGCAAGUAUCCUCCUCUGUAGACAUCAAUGCUGUCUCACUUUUUUGUGCAUGAAGCUUUCUGACUAUCUCAGUAAAGCACAUUCUCUUUGAAAACCUAUGAUUUUUACCUCUGUUAGGCUCUAAGGUUCACAGGGUUAAUGACAGGGUAAUGCCUUUUUCAGGUGGAACUUUGAUAGGUUAAAACAUUAGGAAUUAAUAAAUGGGGAUAAAUAUACAUUUCACCAUGUUUGGCACCAAGUAUUUCACCUCCUAUUGCAUACAUAUUACAUCAUGGUGAACAGUGGCAUCCAUGUUGCUACUUCAGUGGCCAAUUUUUAGGGGUUGCCUAUUUGGCCUUCAUUUAAUGUUUGGCAUCAAUCUGUCUUUUUUGUGAAUCACUCUAGUAUUUGAGUAUUUCUUUUUCUUUUCCAAUAUGAUGCUUUGCAAUGUGCUUCCUGCUUUUAUUUUUAAAUCAUGAAUAAUAUUGGCAAACCUCAUUAAUAAUGGAUAGUCUUUAUUACUCAAAAUAAAAAAAAUGAUUUUAGUUGAAAUUCAAUCACUUCAUUCACCCCCUUCCUCACUCUGGGUAAGUGGUUCUCAACUUGUUGGUCCUGAACCUGUUAGAGAUGUCAUAUUUGAUAUCCUCCUAACAGAGUCUUACAAUAGAAUUCAUAACAGUAACAAAAUUACAGUUAUAAAGUAUCAAUGAAAUAAUUUUAUAAUAAUAAACUGUAAUAACCAUAAAAUAUUAUGGUUGUAUCCUAUGACAUGAGUAACUGUAUUAAAGUUUUAACCAUUGAUCCUACCAGCUACACUUUUUCCAAUCUGAGUCUUCUCAUUGCUCUCAAGUUGAUCACUUCUGAGGAAAAUAAAGCCUAUUUCUCCAAUCUAGUCCUCCAUGUUCUCUCUGCACGAGCCGUUCUGGGUGACCGCAGCCAGCUGCUGCCAUUCUCCCUGGGUCAGAGAUCCAGCCUCGGCCUUGAAAGUCAGGGUGCCCUGGAGGGACGCAAGACCUCAGUUAGUGCUUGCUGUCCUUGCUGAGACCAAGGAGCUGGUGAGCCAAAUGACGGGGUAAAAAAACGUUCCAUGUCACCUCGACUGGACUCAGGGACCCCUGAAACGCAGCUUUGGGGCUGACCUGAGCUAGCCAGCAUCUCCCAGCAGCUUUGAAUGGGCUGAAUGGGCAGAAGGGAGACAAGGGCAGCGCUAGCUUGACCUCUUCCUUUCUAUUACAUUUUAAGUACGUUUAUAGCUCAACAGAAUCCUGCUUUGGGAAUUGAGGCUGUGUUUUAAAACUAUGCACCUUUUGAAAUUUAGUAUGGAUAUCAGUCUUGUCCCAGUCUCCUGUCCCAGGAGAAUCCAUAUUUACCCACAUGGAAGCCUGUGAGGAGUUCAGCACUGAUGGAAUAUACCAAACCUUGCUAUUCCAAGGCCCCAUAAAACGCAGAAGAGAUAGAACAAGAAAAAACAUCUCUCCUUGUUCAGUGAUGUUUUGGAUGGGUAUAAUAUCCUGUGAGUAUGUCCCUCAUGCCUGCCAUACUAUUACAGGGUACACUUUGAUUACACUUUACUGUAUAAAAAUAAAAGUUUUUGAUUUA